AUGUCGAAAACAUUUGACGUCGCCGUGAUUGGGGCUGGCCUGGCAGGCAUUGUUGCAGCCUGCAACUUGAGUCAAAAGGGCCACUCGGUGGUUCUUCUUGAGGCUCGUGACAGAGUAGGCGGACGAACCUAUAUGAAGACUGUGUUCGGCGAGUCGCUAGAGAUGGGCGGCGCUUUUGUGCAUUGGACGCAACCGGCCGUGUGGCAAGAGCUGCAACGGCAAGGUUUGGAUGUGCUGAUCCCACCAAAACUCAGCAAAAAGGUGCAUUGGCUAGCAGAUGGCGCAGUGCAUACAGCCCCCCGUGAUCAAUAUGAUGUAUUGAUCCAUCGCCUUUUGAUUCAGCUAUUUAGCGACGCCCGUCAGUGGUUUCCGGUACCGUUUGAUGUGAACGCUGUGGAGACCGGUGAAAUUGAGAAGAAGUCGCUGGAGGACCGCAUAAUCUCUUUAAAUUUGUCGGCAUUCGAACGAGACACAUUAAAAGGGGCACUAGCUGGCGUCUGUUCCUCCUAUCGUGAGCAGGGGAUCGCGCAACUUCUCCAUUCUGUGGCCGGGUUUUUUGGGGAUUACCGGGCCUUCUACGAGACUGCUGGGCAGUGGAGUAUUAAAGGCGGAACGAAGGUCCUUAUAGAUGGAAUCAUCUCAGAAUCGAGAGCCCAGUUAGUACUAUCAGCCCCAGUCGCCUCGCUCUGUGAUAAUGGCUCCAUGGUAUUGGUCACUACGCGGACAGGUCAGCGCAUCAACGCGCGCCGGGUGAUCGUUGCUACGCCACUUAACACUAUGGGCGACAUACAGAUUACCCCCAACCUGCCCCCGAACGUGAAAAAUAUGAUUACACAGAAGAAUCCGGUAAUGGCCAGCAAAUUAUGGGUCCGUGUAAAGGGUCCAAUUGAGGACCUCCACAUCUUCGCGCCAAGCGGGCAACAUCCCAUCAAUGUGGCUAAAACAAUACGCCGUCUUGGAAAUGGGGACAUGCUUGUUAUGUGUCUUUGCACAACUGCUGCCUCAAUUCGUGGGAAUGACUGUGUCGCAGUGCAAACAGCUCUGCGAAAGUUUAUUCCCACUGUGGAAGUGCUCGAUGUGACCUGCCAGAACUGGGCGACGGAUGAAUUCUCUAAGGGGGGGUGGGUGAAUCACCGACCAGGAAACCUGACUGGUGCGCUUCCACAGAUUCGAAAGCCACACGGGCGUAUUCACUUUGCCGGUAGCGAUGUUGCCGCUCUUUUUCCCGGAUCAAUUGAGGGCGCCAUGCAAAGUGCCUCCGUCACUGCUCGCGAUGUGAAUGCAGCACUAGACAGUAAAAAGACACCGACCGCGAAGGUUUGA